AUGCAUCGCCUCGACGGCAAUACGCGUCUCGAGUUUGUAUCAAGAAAUGCCAAGCACUAUAUGAAAUUGAGAAGGGCAUGGCUACCUGACUGUAUUCAGAUCAAUUCUCCUAUUGAUCUUCUGGCAUCCAAGAUCACCAAGAUACGAACCCGCCAAUCGUAUGCCAUUGCUUUCGCCCAAGAGCGGAGAACUGCUUGGCAUGUCACGUGA